AAAACUGCAAAGCAGCUUGAAGGCUGCGGUGCAAAUUGCACGUGGCAGCGCAGUUUCAAACGUUGUUAAAUACAACAUCACUUCUGUUGAUAAUUAAAAUGAGACGUUAUUGUGAGAUAAAGGCUUCACUCCGUUUAAAAGAGAGCUUUCAACAGGUUCUGCCCUGUGCUUGCUCCUGUGUAGUGAACUAUACGGAGGCUUCACUCUUUUCCGAAUUUAAUCACUUUGCUUUUCUUUUUUUUAUCAAAUGAUGCGUUUUACACGUUAACUUGUGCACUUUUCACAUUCGGAGAUUUAGAGAUUCAGAAAAGGGGUCUUACGAGAAAUUAAAAAGGCAGUAAUAUUUGGGAGUAACGCGGCACAUUUCAAAGCAUUUUCUCUGCGAUAUUUGAAAACGGAGUCGUGCAGCGAACGCCUGCGUGUCCCUUUUAAAACAAACCCAGCGCCUGUCAAUCACAGCGCAUUCCAACCAAUCCCAAAGCUCCCUUUUUAAAAGCAGGUUUGCCUGCUGUGCUUUUAUAUUGCACCAUGGCCUGUUUCGAAGCAUUUUUACUACCACGGUUAUUGCCACAAAUCAAGAGGGCAAAGUGAACGGCAUGGGACUCACACCAACUUUAUCGAAAUUGAGUCUGGUUCCUACUUCUGCGAAGUUCACGGCCAAGAAUUUCACAUGCAGAUGAUAUACAACAGGGAAAAUGGAAACAGACUUUCUAGGUGUAUCCUGAGUGCUGCAUGCGUUGAUUUUGCAAACUCAUAGCCAAACUCACAACAAAACAUGACAAGCCUUUCGAGGUUUAGUGGCUGCCCUCUCUCUUGCGUCAACCCCGGGGAGAGCAAUACUGAACCCAGCGUGGUGCUGCCACCUUUGGCAGGAGAGCACAUGGGACACCCCACUGGCAGUUCCUUAAAACUCUGCCCCUCGCACAAUUUGCGAGACUACCCCGAGACGAGGUCCGGUGCAUAUGUUGACCAUUCGGUUCCCAAUUUUUCAGACUCUGGAUAUCCCAGCCAUCGGUUAGAGCACAGCCCUAGGGGCAUUAUCAUUGGAGCCAAUCUUUCUGGAGCCGGCAUGCCACCCGUCACUGAUCAACUGGCAUCAAGAGCUACCCAACAUGGCGGGAUUGGAAGGUACCGCGACUUUCCUGGCUGCAGGGACAACAGAAGUCAUGCUUUUUUCACGAGUUACCAGGAGCAGGCCCACGCCUCCACGGACCCAUCUCGAGACCUGGGCAGCCAGAUGAUGCUGGGUCUCCCUGGCGACCUCCUCACCCGGACUCACCCCUACGGCCAAACGCUUAGCCCCAAGGGAAACCAGCAACUUGUUACACAAUUCCUGGGUCUGUACAAACCCCUGAACAUGGCAAUCCAGCGUGGAGGAGGCGACGCGUUCUUCAGAUGCUCUAAACAAACAGUGAAGCAUGAACUGGUGUGCAGAUGGAGUGACGGCCAAGAAGGCGCUGGGAAGCUGCCCUGCUCCAGAUCCUUCGGGACCAUGUAUGAACUUGUCACCCAUGUGACAGUGGAGCAUGUCGGAGGACCUGAGCAUUCUGAAUAUGUGUGCCACUGGGAGAACUGUGCCAGGGAGAGGAAGCCUUUCAAAGCCAAAUACAAGCUGGUGAACCACGUCAGGGUCCACACAGGGGAGAAGCCCUUUCCGUGCCCCUUUCACGGCUGUGAGAAAGUUUUUGCAAGAUCAGAAAAUCUAAAGAUCCACAAGAGGACGCACACAGGUGAAAAACCUUUUAGAUGCGAGUUCGAGGGCUGCAACCGGAGGUUCGCGAACAGCAGCGACAGAAAGAAGCACUCGCACGUGCACUCCAACGACAAACCCUACAUGUGCAAGGUCAGGGGCUGCGACAAGUGCUACACCCACCCCAGCUCCCUGCGAAAGCACAUGAAGCUGCACUGCAACAAGACCCACGUCCCCAAAAGCGGCGACGCGCGUCCUGGCGACGGGGGUCACGCUGCGGAGGCCAGGUCAACGCGAGUCCCGGACGGAGGCCAGAUCAGCCCCCCCCACGCCCCCGCCUCAUCUCAAGACGUCCCCCUGUCCCCAGAGAGUCGAGACGAGCCGACCCCCAGGUCACGUUUCCAUCACACGUUUGACAGCAGUUUGGACUACUCCGCUCACAGGUCACAGCCCCUCUUGGACCCUUUGUUGUUACAAAGAGGCAGCUACAGGUCCCAGUCCUCCCAGUACCCCUGCAACCAGACAGGUCACACUUUCGCCCAAAGCCCGAGGACUUUCCCCUCCACUUCCCCUUUUCAGAAAAGCAUCGUCAAUGGUUGGUACACAUGCCACAGCGGCGUGGACUCCUUCCCACCAAAGCAUUGUAAUAACAUCCCGUCCCUCUGACUUUCUGUCGGGCCGAGGUGGGCGACCUACAAGUCUGGGGGCUAGUUAUUAGUGUUUGGGCCCAACACUUGCAUCUGUAUCUCCUUUAUUCUCUGUAUUGUUGUGCCUGUUAUAUGGGAUAUUUUGUGACAAGUGCUGAAUUAGCCGAUUUGAAACCCUUUGCAUUGCUAAAUGUGGCGAGCUUUAAUUGUUGUUGUGAGGCCUACACCACCCCGCACUGACCUGCAGAAACGUUUGCAAAGUGUAUAUGCCUAUUUGUUUGCUGUGUUGCAUAAUUAUUAAAGCUAUAUAUCUUACGUGAGACAAAAGAUGACAAAGGAUUUAAUGGGAAACGCGCGCGAUUAGUCCUCUGAACGGGGCCGUUAGUGAACAGUAGAGGGACAAAGCGUUGCUGAAUGUAGCCCUACGUGCAUGGGUCCUCGUUGAAUGUAACGUAAACGUGACGUGCGUCUGGACGUGUAGAGACGUUGUUCGUGCUUUUUCCCCCGUGCGCGUCGCGCGGUGAAACGACAUCUGAAGGAUCUGCGCCUCACCUUAACGCGCGAGACCUCUGAAACCUGCGCGACGAGCCUGAAGCGUGAAUUUCCUUUUAAUUAAAAUACUGCGAGGCUCAGUAGGUUUUCUUCUCCUUCAUUAGGUCCCACAUUCAUUACACAUUCGUACUUCUGUUUGUAUUAUAUGUAUAUUUCACAUUUCUGUGCACAGUGUGAGCAUAAACCAGUGUUCGUGAUGCUAUUAAAAGCGUUUAAUUAGCAUAUCAAUUCCACUGUACAUAAGCCUACUGUAUAAUUAAUUAUGUAUUCUAUAUUUUAUUAAAGUGUCUAUAUUCUCUUUGA